AUGGAGCCUAGGAAACUCUCAGAUCCCCCGUCAGACACAAGCAGCACUCUGAAAAACCACAAAAGAACCCAUGAAUGCUCAAAGUGUGGGAAGCUCUUUGCUCGCAGGUCCCUCCUUUUGACCCACAGGAAGGUUCAUGUGGGAAGCGGAUCCAGUCAGGAUUUGGAGGGUGAGAAAUUCUUUUCUGGAAAAGACGCCAAAGCUCUCAGAUGCCUCCCCAGACUAAAACCCUAUAAAUGUGAGGAAUGCCACUUAUGCUUUGGUCAAAAGUCAGACCUUCUGAUACAUCAGAAAACCCACACUGCAGAGGAACCUUAUCAGUGUCUUGAAUGUGGGAAAUUUUUCCGUGACAAAGUCACCCUCAGAAACCACGAGAGAAUUCACACAGGGGAGAAACCUUACAAGUGUUGGCAAUGUGGGAAGAGCUUUUCUCAGAACGGAAGUCUUUGGCGCCAUGGGAAGAUUCAUACAGGAAUCAAACCUUACAAAUGCUUUGAGUGUGGGAAAUCUUUCACCCAGAGUUCAGGUCUUAGGAGUCAUGAGAAAACUCACAGAGGGGAGAAAAACGAGAAGUGCCUCGAAUGCGGGAAAUGUUUUUCCACGAAAUCAGAUCUGGUGCAACAUCAGAGACGUCACACUGGAGAGAGACCCUAUGAAUGUCCGGAAUGUGAGAAACGAUUUAUGUAUUCUUAUGAACUUCAGAGACACCAGAAAUGGCACAGAGGGGAGUUAUCCUAUAAAUGUGGGGAGUGUGGAAAAAGUUUUAGUUCGCCAGCCCAUUUUAAGAAUCAUGAGAGAAUCCACACAGGGGAAAAACAUCAUAAAAUCCACACAGGGGAGAAGCCACAUCAAUGCUUCGAAUGUGGAAGAUUUUAUAGUAGCACCUCAGCCCUUAAAAGCCAUAUAAAAAUUCACACAGGGGAGAAAAGCUACAAAUGUUUAGACUGUGGGAAAGCAUUUGCUCGGUCAUGUACCCUUAUAAAUCACAGCCAAAUCCAUACAGGAGUGAAACCUCACAAAUGCUCAGAGUGUGAUAAAUGUUUUUCACGGAAAAAUACUCUUGUGAUGCAUCAGAGAAUCCACACGGGAGAAAAACCAUAUAAAUGUCUGGAGUGUGGGAAAUGUUUUGCCCAUUCUUCAACACUUCGCAUGCACAGCAAAAGUCACACAGGAGAGCGGCCUUACAAGAGUGCAGAAUGCGAGAAAGAUUUUCAUUGGAAAUCAAAGCUAAAAAUGCACCAGAAAGUCCAUAGCAGAGAUAAAUCUCCUCAGUUGUGA